AUGGAUCCAGUUUCAAACAAAAGUGAAAAUAAUAAUAUUACAGAUAUGAUAUCAGAACGAAUGCCAGUUGCUUACUCAUUUAAUGUUGAAACACCAACUCAACUUGUUGAUAUUAUGACUGAACAAGAAGUAUAUUUACCAAUGGAUAUUAGUCUUCAUCAAAUGGGAAAUAUACGUUUUAUAAUUGUGACACGUCAUUUACGGCAAAUACCAUUUGAUAUAAUUAAAAUCGAUAACUUUUGGUUUAUAGAAAAAAUCUUUUAUCAUGAAUUAAGCAAUUAUUUGAAACAAGGAGAUCGUCUUCUUAUCAUAAAUAAAACAAUGAUUUCUGAUCAAUUACAAGAAACAGAGAUCUUCAAAUUAAUACUGCAUUCAUCUGCUCCAUUUAUAAUAUGGGUUACUUGGGAUGUAGAUACUUUUAUAAAACAUCAAAUAAAAUCUCGUCAAUGUAAAAAUGAAGAUGCUUAUAUCGAUGCAAAAGCAUAUUUACUUAAAACAAAUGAUUAUAGAGAUAUUAGUUUAUAUGAUCAGUUAGCAAUUAUUAUUGAGAAUAUUCUUCAAAAUCCACAAAAUGAUAUACAUGAAUUAUUUGAAAAACUCGAGUAUCCAAUUUUACAAUCGAAUUUACGUACAGCGAAAGAUGAUACUGAUUUAAUAAUAACGAAAAUACAUGCUCAAUUACUACAGGGAAAAGAAAAAUAUUUACUUAAAUCUAAAGAUUAUGUAAUUAAAGCUGUUCCUUAUUUAAUGGACAUAGCUAAUCAUUGUUCAAAUGCAGGUUAUGGUAUUCAUACAACAGAAAUGAUCUUAAUUUGGUCAGCUAUGAAACGUUUAAAUAAUCAAAUUAAUUGUACGGAAAUGAAGUUUUGGGGUAAAAUAUUUGGAAUCUGUUGUGAUUAUUAUAUCGUACAAAUUCAACAUGAAAAAGAAAUUACAUUUGAUGAAAUCGAUAUUAGUGAACGUGAACAGAAGUUAAAAGUAAAAAAAAUAUCUAAACAUACAAAUCAUCAAUUAUCAGAUCAAAAACUAUCAACGGAAAUCCCAAGUGAACCACAUGGAAUAGGUACAAAUCAGUAUACUUACUUUGUAACAAAUUCACCUGGACUUCCAUGGAUAAAAUUACCUGACGUCAAACCAGCUACGAUUAAUUAUGUACGAAAAAUUCGUUGUUUAUUUACUGGAUGUCUUCUAUCACAAGUGACUGGCUUCCCACCAAUUUUUGGUUUAGAAAAAGAUUACCUACGAGCUCAGAUUGCUCGUAUUACAGCGACAACACAUAUAUCACCAGCUGGAUAUUAUAUGUUAACAGAUGUUGAAGAAGAAGAAGAAACAACUUUGAAUGAAGAACGUAAAGAGCCAAAUAUUAUAAUUAACUCGGAAUUCAAUAAUGAUCUAACAAAUCCAAUUACAGUUGAACAAUUAGCUAAUUCAAAUUUAGAAGAAUGGGUACAUUCUCUACCUGAAAUAUUACCACAAGGACGUACUCGUUUCUGGCGUCCACCGUCUACACAAACAACAAAUUCUAUUACAGAAGAAGACGACAACGAAGAAAUAUUAAAUGAAAAUAAUCUUCAAAUUCCUGCUCCACUUUUACAACCGAUUAGUGACGAUAAAUUAUUAUAUACGGACCAAACUCCAUGGUCAGUUGGUUUAACAAUGUCUGUUAUGCAAGAAUAUAGUAUGUGUUAUGUACGAUCAAAUAUUUGGCCAGGUGCUUUUACUCUCGGCAAUGCUGAAAAUUAUUUUAAUUUGUAUAUUGGUUGGGGACAAAAAUAUGAACAAUUCAAUCCAUCACAUCCUUCUGUACCUGAAACUGAAUAUUCACAAGAAUUGAUAGAAAAAAACGAUCCAAGCGUCGAAUUUGAAGAAGCUCAACGUAUAGCUGCUUUAGAACUUACAUCAGAAGAAUAUACUAGUGAUGAAGAAGAAAAUGAAGAACAAUUAACUGACGAAGAAGAAGAAGAAGAAGAACAAGAAAACGAUUAA